GGAUUGCAGCUCACUGGCUGGGAAUAGACGGCGACCACGACGACGGCGACGGCAGCAACGGCACCACCCUUCCAUUCCUUUCCUUCGUAUCAACCCGAAAUCCCUUCACAAAGGCCCCAACCACCAUGGCGUCGCGAAUGGCCACGGUGGUGCUCGCCGGAGCCCUCCCCGUACCCCCGCGCGCACCAGCGGCCGCGGCCUCCGCCGGCGGCAGCAAGUUCGUAGUAUGGACGAAGCGCCCGAGCUUCCACCACCGCAUUCUCUGCGGCGUCGCCCGUGCCCCGCGCAGCCGGCCGCCCCACUCUUCCUCCCCAAGCACGGCUGAGGAGGGGGUUCUCGAGCUGCUCAAGAGCGCCGUCGCGGCGAUUGCCAUCAUCGCCCAGAUCUCCGUGGCGCUGCCGGCGAACGCGGUCCUCUACUCGCCGGACACGAACGUGCCCAGGACGGGGGAGCUGGCGCUGCGAAGGGCCAUCCCUGCCAACCCAAGCAUGAAGACUAUACAGAACUCGUUGGAGGACAUCUCGUAUCUGCUAAGGAUACCGCAGAGGAAGCCGUAUGGCUCCAUGGAGGGGGAUGUCAAGAAGGCCAUGCAAAUAGCAACUGAAAACAAGGAGGCAAUGUUGGCAAGCAUGCCUGCAGAACUCAAGGAGAAGGGCUCGGAGCUAUAUACCGCUUUGCUUGAAGGGAAGGGUGGUUUACAAACUCUCUUGAAAUAUAUUAAGGAUAAGGACAAUGAUAGACUCUCCGUAGCGCUUGCUUCUUCUCUUGAUACUAUUGCUGAAUUGGAGCUGUUGCAGGCUCCAGGUUUAUCCUUUCUCUUACCUAAACAGUAUUUAGAGUACCCAAGGCUAACAGGAAGAGCAGUUGUUGAAUUCACAGUUGAGAAAGGUGAUGGUUCAACAUUCGUUCCAACUGCUGGCGGUGAACCCAAAAGUGUUGCUACAAUUCAGGUUGUAGUUGAUGGAUAUUCUGCCCCACUGACUGCUGGAAACUUUGCGAAACUGGUUUUGGAUGGGGCGUAUGAUGGUACAACACUAAAAUCUGUGAGUCAGGCAAUCAUUGUAGACAGUGAGACUGGGAAUAAAGGGUAUGCUCUUCCAUUGGAGGUCAUGCCUGCUGGACAGUUUGAACCGCUAUAUAGGAGCCCCCUAAGUAUUCAGGAUGGAGAACUGCCAGUCCUUCCAAUGUCUGUAUACGGCUCUGUUGCCAUGUCACAUAGUGAGGAUUCAGAUGAGUACUCGUCACCAAGCCAGUUCUUCUUCUAUCUAUAUGAUAAGAGAAAUUCUGGUUUAGGAGGAAUAUCUUUUGAGGAAGGACAAUUUUCCGUUUUCGGGUAUGCCACAGACGGAAGAGAUGUCCUUUCACAGAUUAAGGCUGGAGAUAAAAUUCGCUCCGCCAAGCUGGUACAAGGCAGGGAACGCCUUGUACUGCCCGCGGCAGCUUCGGCGCCAGCACUAGCAGAUCCAGCACCAGCUUCAACAGAUCCAACGCCAGCUCCGGCAGAGAGCUGAUACAAUCAACCAGAAGCUCCGCAAACCGGUAGCAUUCUUUCAUUGAUCAGGAGACAACCAUUUUGUAUACCGAGAUCAUGUAAAGACAAAAAAUAUAUUGUGUGUAUAUAUAGAGAGAGAGAAUCAUCGCACAUUUGCACAUGAAAACAAUUUCCCGUG